AUGCCUGACAUCGAUUCAAUAACCCAAUCCUUUUCACCCUCACGCGCUUACAGCAAUGGCACUCACUCACCUUCACGCCACUCGCCUUCCCGCCAUGCCUCAAGCUCCUCUCUUGCCGCUGCAGCUACUAUCAACGCAGGCUUUCAAAAUGAAGAAUCCCGCCGCUCAUCCAUUAGCUCGAACCGUGGGCGCGCAUCACCGCAAGUCAGCCGUAGUGAGCGUGAGAGGAGACGCUCGAAUGCUUUUCUAGGCUCGUACGACCCCACAGUACCUGGACCUGGAGAGUUGCAGGUUGGAGAUUUGAGGGGUCAGUCAUAUCAGGGUAUGAACCUUCCGUUUCGUUCAGCCAGUCCGCAAGCGAUGGGAAGUCCAAUCAUGGGGGUUCAGCGGGAUAGGGCACCGAGCUUGGGCGAGCUGCAUCAAGAAUUGGAGGCGGAACAGGAGGCUCAAGUGAACCGUCUGCUGGAAAUGAUCCGCCAACAGCAAGCGCAAUUACAAGCAAUCCAGCAACAAGCAUCAUACACACCUCUCAGUAGCUCCACAGCACUCGAUGACACCACUCCUCCCUCUGAGCGUUCAGCAAAUCAUCCCUACCACUACUCCAUUCCACCAAACCUGCCGUCGGCCUCCGUGUCCAUCUUCAACAAUCCCCGUCCGAGCUCACCUUUCCGUAGCUCUAUGGAUCUUUCUCGGCAGUCUUCCCGCCGCUCUAGAACACCCAGCCGCACUGCGUCGCCUUCUCUGCGCCCUGUCUCCGCUGGUAUGCAGGGACCGGGUGAGGACUGGGGCUUUGCAGGCAGGAGCCAGUCGAGCUUCGACGACGGUGCUUUCUACCAGGCGGAGACGCAAAUGCUCACGAGGGAGAACCAGAUGUUGAAGCAGAGGAUUAGGGAGUUAGAACGCCAACUCAGUGAAAGCACCUCAGCUGUUGCCAAUAGCCCGGCCACCCCCUCGAAUUUGACAGCUCCUCCUCUUGAGGCGGACAACACUGAGGCUAUUGUGGGAAGCCAUGCCAACACGACUGAGGACAAGGAGGAUUGA